CAAUCCCUUCGGAAGGGCAGUUGCUCCUAGUCCGCCCAUCAGCUCCCCGCACGUUCCUCGUCCUCUGCUGGAUCUUAGCGGCCUACAGCUGCGUCCGCCCCCUCGGUUCGUCUCCAGACCUCAACGCCCAUCCUGUCCGAAGUUGCGGGAACACCAUCUCAUUUCCGCGCCACUUGCAUUCGCUUGCAACAAAUCAUCGUCGCAAAACCUGUAGACCUUUUAUCUGCACACUGUCCAGCUACUACCCAUCAUUCCUGGAAUCUCAAUUUCGAAAGCGCUUCUACAGUUCUCGAUCCUAUUCCUUGCCGUUCAUUACCUGACCACGCUACCCGUAACACAAGAAUCGCGCCCGAAAACGCAAUCAGAGCUUUAGACGAUCGUAUCGAGAUUUCUCUGCCCAUCAUACUCAGAGCGCUACAAAUCGAAACCCCCCGUCCACGAUCCCGCUGGCUCGCGGCAGAAUGGCCGGCCCAGCGAAUCCUUUCUCGGGCAUCGGCCAGAGAGAUGGUUCGGCUGGCUCCGCUGGUCGUGGACGUGGUGGACCAUCUGGACGCUCGACUCCGUAUCAACCUAAGGCCAACACCGCGACACGCGACCCCAGGCUUCGUGGUCGGGGGCGCGGCGCUUCAGCG